GCCAUCGCCACCCGUGAGCCACUUCAUCCCCGGUCGUGUGUACAGUGUGUGCACAGUGGGUUUCAGUGCGCGCCACCGCCGCCGGUCCCGACGGAGUGCCGCCGGACUCCGCCUUGAAUUUUCGAAGCCACCACAGUGUUCCCCGGCCCUCGUGCAACACUUCCCUGAGCCUUAAUUCGCGUUUGAGAUGUUCGGACCAGUUUGCGCACACUUUACUCAAUUUUUGGCUUUCUCAUGCCUACUGGGACGAAGCCAUGGGGUUCACUGCUCCACUACCGGUCGUUGAUCCAUAAAUAAGGGCUUGUGGAGCAAGACAUUAUUCAACUUGUUUCAUGAGCUAGAUUGUAGAGCUAGCUAGCUCUUCAAUGGAUUUAGUUCUUUCAUAUCCCUACCGUUCAUCAUACGUACGUGUUGGCUUCAUGUUUUCCCACAAAACUAUUUUCGCACCAAAAAUCAAACUGUUCCAAUCAGUCCAAAGAUUCACCACCGCAAGUACUAGUGCAAAAAUCAAUGAGUUCCAAGUGAAGGAACGAAGAUCGGCUAAUUACCAUCCUAGCGUUUGGGACCCCAAGUUCAUUGAAUCAGUGACCACAUCUUACUCGUAUGAGUUCCAAGGCGGCGAGUUAGACAAUUUGAAGCAAGAAGUAAGGAAGUUGCUUAAAACAACUCCUCAAGAGUACCCUUCAGUCAUGUUAAAGCUUAUUGAUUCGAUGCAACGGUUGGGAGUGGCUUACCAUUUUGAGGAAGAGAUUAAGGACGCUCUUAAUCUUGCUCAAUUUCAUGACUUCAGUACUGCCGAUCUUUACACAACUUCACUGCAAUUUCGACUUCGAAGAGACCAUGGUUGUACCAUCGGCUCAGAGGUGUUCAACAAAUUCAAAGACAGAGAUGGGAACUUCAAGGAGGGCUUAAGCAAAGAUGCAGAAGGUCUUAUGAGUUUGUAUGAAGCUUCACACUACGGAAUGCAAUGCGAAAUUGACUUGGAAGCCGCCAGAACUUUCAGUGUCAAGCAUUUGAACUCGUUAACUGGGAAAAUGGAGAUCGAAUUAGCAGAGCAAAUUCAACAGUCACUGGAAUGUCCCGUUCGUUGGAGAAUGCCGAGGUUAGAAGCACGAAACUUCAUCGAUCUCUACGAAUCGGACAGCUCAAGAAACCCGCUGUUGCUGGAAUUCGCUAAGUUGGAUUACAACCUGGUGCAGUCAGUACACCAGCAAGAAGUACAAGAACUAGCUAAGUGGUGGAAGGACCUGGGCUUGAAAGAAAAGCUUAGCUUUUCUAGGGACCGAUUAAUGGAGAAUUACUUGUGGGCAAUGGGAAUGGUUUCCGAGUCCCAUUUCUCCAAUUGCAGGAAAGGCCUUACUAAAUUUGUGUGCAUACUAUCAGCAAUAGAUGAUAUGUACGACAUCUAUGGAUCUAUCGACGAGCUUGAACGCUUUACUGAUGCAGUGAACCGGUGGGACGUCAGGGCCGUAGAUGAUCUACCGGAUUACAUGAAAAUAUGUUAUUUGGCUAUGUUCAACUUUGGAAAUGAAAUUGCUUACAAUGUUUUGAGAGACCAUGGCUUGAAUGCGGUAUCAUGCGUUAAGGAAGAGUGGGCAAAUCUUUGCGGAGCAUAUUUGGUGGAAGCGCGGUGGUUUUACAGUGGGUUUAUACCGACGUUGGAAGAGUACUUGAAAAAUGCAUGGAAAUCAGUGGGCGGUCCUGCAGCCAUAGCUCAUGCUUACCUCUUGCUAGGGUCUCCGAUAACCAAAACUUCUCUCGAUAGCUUCAAAGCCAGCUCUGAGCUGAUUUAUUGGUCAUCUAUUAUAACCCGACUUAGCGAUGAUUUGGGCACAUACAAGGACGAGAUUAUGAGAGGGGACGUAGCAAAAUCAAUUCAAUGUUAUAUGAACGAGCGGAGUGUGACAGAAGAACAAGCGCGAGAUCACAUCAAAGGUCUCGUGCUUGAAUCAUGGAGGAAACUUAAUGAGACAAUUGCACAAAAUUCUCACCCUACACCAAUGAUUUCUAUGUCAUUAAACAUGGCGAGGACUGCUCACUGCAUCUAUCAACAUGGAGAUGGUAUUGGUACGUCGUUCGGCGUGACCAAAGAUCGUUUGACCUCAUUAAUCGUCGAUCCCAUUCCAAUCGAGCGGCUUACUCAUGGAGAAGUACGAGGGAGAACCCAUAGUUAUGCAGUGGAAAACACAUACUCCAUUAGCAAGUGAAGAAAAGAGAGCUAUGUAAGAUCUCUUUAUUUCUUUUUCUAAAUGAUCAAAAAAUAAAUUGUUUUCUUUUUUGGAUAAGUACAUUGUCGAUGUUUGUUGCAAUUCUUAACUGUAAAAUAUGAUUGUGAUACUAGUCAAGUCACAAGCAUCAAAAUUAAGUCGAGCCAAUCAUCAACGUCUGAUGUCAACUAA